GGUCCUGAAAUGAUAAGCGCGGGAUCGUAAUGCCGUCGUCUGCCAGAAAUUUUUUGCAGUAAGCUGGAAUCGCGCCCUGUACAAGAACCAUGAAAGACGACUUAAUUUGCGACCUUGUCGACGCUGGGGCUUUAAAGUUCGGCACAUUUGUGCUAAAAAGCGGCAUUACGUCUCCUGUAUAUAUCGAUCUUCGAGUGUCUGUCAGUUAUCCUGCCAUUUUGGAAGGCAUAGCAAACGCCCUUUUAGAAGCUACGAAGAACCUAUCUCUAAAGGCAGACCUUCUAUGUGGAGUACCAUAUACUGCGCUUCCCAUUGCAACGUGCAUGUCUGUGAAAGACAAGUGGCCCAUGGUGCUGCGGCGCAAGGAAGCCAAGUCUUAUGGGACGAAGAAGCUCAUCGAAGGUCAAUUUACUCCCGGGCAGUCGUGCUUGAUUGUUGAAGACAUCGUCACUAGUGGCUCUAGCAUUUUAGAAACGGCACAGACACUCACUACCGUGGGCUUGAAAGUGACGGAUGCGGUGGUCGUCCUCGACAGAGAACAUGGCGGCAUAGAGAACCUGCGGAAUGCUAAUAUCAAGUUACAUAGCAUCUGGAAAUUGAGUCACGUAGUGGAUGUUCUGCUGGAUAGAAAGAAAAUUGAUGCCAACACAGCCCACAAAGUGCUAACCUUUAUCAACGAAACGAAUGCACCUCUCCUAUCAUCUACCAUGUCCCCCCAAAGUGACACGAUGUGGAAGCAGCCUUUUGCGGACCGUCUGAAGAAGAACUUGCAUCCUGUGAACAGAAAACUGCUCACGUUGAUGCAGGAAAAACAGACCAACCUGUGCGUGGCUGCGGAUGUUGUUCACUGUGCUAAGCUGCUUGAGUUGGCAGACAAAGUGGGUCCAUACAUCUGUCUCCUGAAGAUUCACGUCGAUAUUCUGGAAGACUUCAACAAAUCUGUCGUCGAUAAGCUGAAAGAGAUGGCCGAGAAGCACCGCUUCUUGAUUAUGGAAGACAGGAAGUUCGCGGACAUCGGGCACACGGUACAACUGCAGUACACGAACGGCGUGCAUCAGAUUGCAAAAUGGGCUGAUUUGGUGACAGCUCACGCCUUGCCUGGGCCAGGUCUCAUAACUGGGUUGCAUGAGGUGAGCCGCAAAGACGAGCAAGCCAUUGUGCUCAUUGCUCAGAUGAGCUCAAAGGGAACUCUGACGGGAUGGUCGUACGCAGAAGAGACUUUGAGGCAGGCUCUGCAGCACACCAACAUGGUCACUGGGCUCGUAGCUCAAUCUGCACUCACUUGUGACCAUCCUGAGUUGCUGCUCAUGACCCCAGGUGUGAGCAUGAAGGCUACCGGAGGCGACAGUUUGGGCCAGCAGUACUGCACGCCGGAAGAAGCGAUCUCCCGGCGCGGUGCCGAUAUCGUUAUCGUGGGACGAGCCAUCAUCUCCAGCCCCGACCCAGCAAUUGCCGCUCGUGAACAUCGUGACGCGGCUUUCCAAGCUUAUAAGACCUGUUGUGAUAAUGCCACGCCGAAGUGACAACGAUCCGAGUUCAUACCACAAAUUCGGAAUAUAUUCAUGAUGCAUACGUUGAAUCCGAUAUUUUUUUAUAAAUAUCUGUUUACAUAAAACCUGUUUUUCCUCAA